CGGAAGCGUAGUUCCGGUUAAGCGUUAGGAUCUGUUUACGUUGCUUACUGCUCUAGCGGCUGUCUUUCCCAUCGGAGGCUCCAAGAUGGGGAAAUCUUUCGCCAAUUUCAUGUGCAAGAAGGAUUUUCAUCCAGCCUCUAAAUCCAACAUCAAAAAAGUAUGGAUGGCAGAACAGAAAAUAUCAUAUGAUAAGAAGAAGCAAGAAGAAUUAAUGCAACAGUAUCUUAAAGAACAAGAAUCAUAUGAUAAUAGAUUGCUCAUGGGAGAUGAACGUGUAAAGAAUGGCCUUAAUUUCAUGUAUGAAGCCCCACCAGGAGCUAAAAAAGAAAACAAAGAGGUAAAAACAGAAGGAGAGACUGAAUACAAAUUUGAAUGGCAGAAAGGAGCCCCACGAGAAAAAUAUGCCAAAGAUGACAUGAACAUCAGAGAUCAGCCCUUUGGUAUUCAGGUUCGAAAUGUGAGGUGCAUUAAAUGUCAUAAAUGGGGUCAUGUCAACACAGAUCGAGAAUGUCCUUUGUUUGGUCUUUCUGGAAUCAAUGCAAGUUCAGUUCCCACUGAUGGCUCAGGGCCAUCGAUGCACCCCUCCGAGCUAAUAGCGGAGAUGAGAAACAGUGGGUUUGCACUGAAACGAAAUGUACUGGGGAGAAACUUGACCGCAAAUGAUCCAUCACAGGAAUAUGUUGCAAGUGAGGGUGAAGAAGAUCCAGAAGUCGAAUUUUUAAAGUCACUCACAACCAAACAAAAACAAAAACUUCUCAGGAAAUUGGAUCGACUUGAGAAGAAGAAAAAGAAAACGAAAAAAGAUAAAAAGAAAAGUCUUCAGAAGAACAGAAGAAAGCACAAAAAACAUAAAAACAAGUCAUCUUCCUCCUCCUCCUCCUCUUCCUCUCCCACCUCCUCUUCUUCCCCCAGCGAGACUUUAGAAAGCAGCAGUGAGAGUGAUAACAAAGAAAAAAAAAUCCAAAAGAAGAAAAGAAAGAAAAACAAGUGUUCACGGAAUAACCACAAUGAUUCUGAAGUGAAGGACAAGUCUAAGAAGAGAAAACUUUAUGAAGAACUUCCUAGCAGUCACUGGAAUAAGGAAAAAGGAAAGGAAAAGCCUAGGUUUUUAAAACAAGAGAGUUCUGGGGAGAAUAACAAAUGGAGCCAUUCUGAUUCUGACAGAAAGUCUAGGAGCCAUAACCAUAGCCCAGAAAAGAGAAGAUCUGAAAGACAUGCGCGGAGCAGUAGGAGCCAGAGCAGGGAUGAGAGGAGGAGAAGCCGAAGCAGAAGUCGUGGUAGUUUCAAGCAAAGAGAAAUAAGAAAACGGCCACAACGAAGCCCCAGUGAAGAGCGGAGCAGAAAACAUGACACCAGAGGCCAUGGCACAGAUAUAUACAGAGGAGGAAAAAUGCACAGAGAUAACUCAGGAGAUAAACUUAGCAGAGUGACACAAAGAGAACAAAGCAGAAGUAGAGAGAAUAAAGAAAGACUAUCUGUGACAAUUACCUGGAAAUAAAAAAUACCUCCACUUUCUUAUUGAAAACCUUUAGCAAGGGCCGAAUGAUAUUCUCUUGUCUUUCUGAUAAAAAGCUCUUUUUAAAUUUUCCAUCUCUGUAAAUUGUCAUAUCAAGUACAAAACUCCAUGAGUCCUAUAAGAAUGAACUUUGCAAAUAUUUCAUAAGUAAGCUAUUUUGGGGCUAUAAAAAUAUUUUCUGUUGGUAAAUGCUUCUUGUGCCCUAUACUAGAUAAAAACCCCACAUAACUAUGUGAUAUUUUCUUUGUUCUGAAACAUUAAAAGAAUUGUGGUACACUGAA